AUGGCAAGUGCGGGUGCUCGGCGAGGUCGAGGUGUGCUGGCGGCUUUGCUGCUGGCACCGUUGCUCUUCUUGAGGCUGGAUGAUGUCUUCACCUCAUUCUCGCGAACACCCAGCACUGCGCUUCAGCGCUCGGAGCGGUCGGAGGGCCUCUUCGUGGCUCCCAGGCUUCAGAGUAGCGAGCGGCUGCAGCUGACCCUCUGCCAAGCGCGGGGUGGAGCUGCCAAGGGCUCUCUGGUGGUCAUCGCUGGCCCUCCGGCUGCAGGCAAGGGCACCCAGUGCGAGAAGAUCAAGGACAAGUACGGCUUCGUUCACAUCUCCACAGGCGACAUCCUCCGCGACAACGUCAAGAAGGAGACGGAGCUGGGCAAGAAGGCCAAGGGCUACAUGGACUCGGGCGCGUUGGUCCCCAGCGAGCUGAUUGUGGACCUUGUGAAGGAUCGCCUCAUGCAGGACGACAUUAAGGAGAAGGGCUGCCUGCUGGAUGGCUUCCCACGAGCCCCGGACCAGGCUGAGGCCAUGGUCGAUGCGGGCCUGGAUGUCCAGAAGUUCCUGGUCAUCAAGGUGCCUGACGACACUUUGGUUGAGCGCGGCUGCGGCCGCCGCCUGGACCCUGAGACUGGGGAGAUCUACCACCUGAAGUUCAGGCCACCUCCUGAGGAGGUCGUGGAGCGCCUGGUGCACCGCAGCGACGACCAGGAGCCGAUGCAGUCUCCCGUGUGGAGUGGGCACGCGGCCUCACGAUGCGGUUAA